UAAGAAGUGACUGAGGGCGGGUAUGCUCUUGUUAAACAGAACUUGUGUCAUGCUCUAUGUCUGAGUCUUAUAUUACACAUCAAUGAAUCCAUCCUCAAAUUUACACAAGACUGUAACAACCAUUCUCAAUUUCUUGCAAAACUGCAAAACCUCCACUCAACUCAAUCAAAUCCAAGCUCAACUCAUCCUACAAAACCUUUCUUCAAACACCAACAUUGCUCCCCAUUUUAUCACCACUUGUCAAUCUUUAGGCCUUUUAGACACAGCCCUUCAAUUUUACACCCACCUAGAAAAACCCCAUGUGUUCAUUUGUAACACACUUAUUCAAACAUUUUGUCGCCAUAAAUUACAUAAAGAUUCGAUCUUUUUGUAUACCCAUAUGAAUAAGAAUUCUAUUUGGCCUAAUAAGUAUACUUUUCCUUUUGUUCUUAAGUCUUUUGCUGAUGUUAGGGACAUUGUUAGAGGGAGUUGUGUGCAUUGUCAGGUUGUGAAGAUGGGUUAUGAUUGUGAUGUUUAUGUGAUGAAUUCGUUGUUGAAUUUGUAUGGUUCUUGUGGGGAUAUGGUGUUGUGUGAGAGGGUGUUUGAUGAAAUGCCUGAGAGAGAUGUUGUUUCGUGGACUGCGAUGAUAAGUGGGUAUAGGGAGGCUAGGAGAUUUGAUGAUGCAUUGGUUGCUUUUGAGCAAAUGCAGUAUGCUGGUGUGGUGCCGAAUCGGGUGACUAUGGUGAAUGCUUUGAGUGCUUGUGCUAGUUUUGGGGCUAUUGAGAUGGGGGUGUGGAUACAUGAUUUUAUUAGGAGGAAUGAGUGGGAGUUGGAUGUGAAGUUGGGUACUUGCUUGGUUGAUAUGUAUGGGAAAUGUGGGAAAGUUCAGGAGGGUUUAACGGUUUUCGAGAGCAUGGCGGAGAAAAAUGUGUUUACCUGGAAUGCAUUGUUGAAGGGGUUUGCUCUUGCGGAGAGUGGACAGCAAGCAGUUUGGUGGUUUUGUAGGAUGCAAGAAACUGGCAUAAAACCAGACGUGAUAACAUUGAUAUCAGUGCUUUGUGCAUGUGUGCAUUCAGGGCUGGAGCAGUUGGGCAAAUGUAUAUUUUCAUCGAUUAUAGUUGGAAAAUAUGAAUUUUCGCCCAACGUUAAACAUUACGCUUGUAUGAUUGAUCUUCUAGCACGUUCAGGGUCUUUGGAACAUGCUUUGAAGGUCAUGGAAGCCCUGCCCAUUGAGCCAACUGUUAGUAUGUGGGGUGCAUUCUUGGCUGGCUGUAGAACUCAUGGUAGAGUAGAAUUAAGUGAGCUUGCUGCUUGGAAACUUGUGGAGUUAGCACCAGAUAAUAGUGCUUAUUACAUCAUGUUGUCUAAUAUAUAUGCAGAGACGUCGAGAUGGAGUGAUGUCGAGAAAGUGCGGAUGUUGAUGAAAGAAAGGGGGCUCCAAAAGGACUUGGGUUCUAGCUCCCUUGAACUUGACCCCCAGCUAGUACAAGAUUUAUUAGCAUAACAUGUACCAUUUGCCGCUCAAAAGACUGCUAUGCCUAUAUAUAAUUGCAACACAGCAUUAGACAGGAUAGGAUGAAAUCUCAUUUAGCAAGCAGUUUGUACCAGUUCUGGUUCAGAAGCAAUAUAGAGCCUGUUUGGCAACGCUUAAA